UGGGCAGGGAACGGCUCGGCAGGUCCCCCCCAGGCGCCGUGGGCAGGGAACGGCUCGGCAGAUGGACAGGUGUUGGGGAAGGCACGCAAACAGCUCAAGGAAGAAACUCAGCUACGAUUGGUCAGUUUCUCUCUCCCUUGAUCUCUGAAUAAUAUAAUAUUCCCUCCAUCCUGGAUUAACCCCUCCCUCUAUUAACCCCUCCCUCCCUCCCUCCCUCAUCUCUCCAUCCCUCCCUCCCUCCAUCCCUCCUGUAUCCUCUCUCCCUCCCUCCCCCCUCCAUCCUGUAUUAACCCAUCCAUCCAUCCAUCCAUCCUGUAUUAACCCAUCCAUCCAUCCAUCCAUCCUGUAUUAACCCAUCCAUCCAUCCAUCCUGUAUUAACCCAUCCAUCCAUCCAUCCUGUAUUAACCCAUCCAUCCAUCCUGUAUUAACCCAUCCAUCCAUCCAUCCUGUAUUAACCCAUCCAUCCAUCCAUCCUGUAUUAACCCAUCCAUCCAUCCAUCCUGUAUUAACCCAUCCAUCCAUCCAUCCAUCCUGUAUUAACCCAUCCAUCCAUCCUGUAUUAACCCAUCCAUCCUGUAUUAACCCAUCCAUCCAUCCUGUAUUAACCCAUCCAUCCAUCCUGUAUUAACCCAUCCAUCCAUCCUGUAUUAACCCAUCCAUCCUGUAUUAACCCAUCCAUCCUGUAUUAACCCAUCCAUCCUGUAUUAACCCAUCCAUCCUGUAUUAACCCAUCCAUCCUGUAUUAACCCAUCCAUCCAUCCUGUAUUAACCCAUCCAUCCAUCCUGUAUUAACCCAUCCAUCCUGUAUUAACCCAUCCAUCCAUCCCUGUAUUAACCCAUCCAUCCAUCCAUCCUGUAUUAACCCAUCCAUCCAUCCAUCCUGUAUUAACCCAUCCAUCCAUCCAUCCUGUAUUAACCCAUCCAUCCAUCCAUCCUGUAUUAACCCAUCCAUCCAUCCUGUAUUAACCCAUCCAUCCAUCCAUCCAUCCUGUAUUAACCCAUCCAUCCAUCCAUCCAUCCUGUAUUAACCCAUCCAUCCAUCCUGUAUUAACCCAUCCAUCCAUCCAUCCUGUAUUAACCCAUCCAUCCAUCCAUCCAUCCUGUAUUAACCCAUCCAUCCAUCCAUCCUGUAUUAACCCAUCCAUCCAUCCAUCCUGUAUUAACCCAUCCAUCCAUCCAUCCUGUAUUAACCCAUCCAUCCAUCCAUCCUGUAUUAACCCAUCCAUCCAUCCAUCCUGUAUUAACCCAUCCAUCCAUCCGUCCAUCCAUCCUGUAUUAACCCAUCCAUCCAUCCUGUAUUAACCCAUCCAUCCAUCCUGUAUUAACCCAUCCAUCCAUCCUGUAUUAACCCAUCCAUCCAUCCUGUAUUAACCCAUCCAUCCUGUAUUAACCCAUCCAUCCUGUAUUAACCCAUCCAUCCUGUAUUAACCCAUCCAUCCUGUAUUAACCCAUCCAUCCUGUAUUAACCCAUCCAUCCAUCCUGUAUUAACCCAUCCAUCCUGUAUUAACCCAUCCCUGUUUCUCUCUCUCCCCCUCCAGGAUGUAGAGAAGGAGUUGGAGGUUCAGAUUGGGAUGAAGCAGGAGAUGGAGCUGUCUAUGAAGAUGUUAGAGAAGGACAUGUGUGAGAAACAGGAUGCUCUGGUGGAGCUGCGACAACAGCUGGAAGACCUCAAGGCCCUUAACCAGCAGCUAGCACACAAGUCGCAGGUAGAUACUGACCCAGGAACUGUCCCUGUAUAUAGCUACUGACCCUGGAACUGUCCCUGUAUAUAGCUACUGACCCUGGAACUGUAUAUAGCUACUGACCCUGGAACUGACCCUGUAUAUAGCUACUGACCCUGGAACUGUCCCUGUAUAUAGCUACUGACCCUGUAUAUAGCUACUGACCCUGGAACUGUCCCUGUAUAUAGCUACUGACCCUGGAACUGACCCUGUAUAUAGCUACUGACCCUGUAACUGUCCCUGUAUAUAGCUACUGACCCUGGAACUGUCCCUGUAUAUAGCUACUGACCCUGGAACUGUCCCUGUAUAUAGCUACUGACCCUGGAACUGACCCUGUAUAUAGCUACUGACCCUGGAACUGUCCCUGUAUAUAGCUACUGACCCUGUAUAUAACUGACUUACUUUCUCCUGUUUCUGGUGUGUUUUUUUGUUCUACUUGACUUUAGUGUAUAGUACUACUGAUAUUAGUACUACUGAUAUUAGUACUACUGAUAUUAGUACUACUGAUAUUAGUACUAUGAUAUUAGUACUACUGAUAUUAGUACUACUGAUAUUAGUACUACUGAUAUUAGUACUACUGAUAUUAGUACUACUGAUAUUAAUACUACUGAUAUUAGUACUACUGAUAUUAGUACUACUGAUUACUGCAUUGUUUGAAAAGAGCGAGCAAGAAAGGCAUUUCACUCUACUAGUGCACAUGACAAUAAAAACUUCAACUUGAAACACACGUGCGCACCCACACACACACACACACACACACACACACACACACACACACACACACACACACACACACACAGCUAAAGAGCCUUGGUUUGAUAUGUGUCGACAGAGCUUGGAGGCCGGCGCCAAGCAGAAGAGUGAGGUCAUCAGUCGCCUGGAGGAGAAGAUGAAUCAGAUGGCUGGAACUAUAAAACACCUGGAGAGCAGGUAGGAACUAUAACACCUGGAGAGCAGGUAGGAACUAUAAAACACCUGGAGAGCAGGUAGGAACUAUAAAACACCUGGAGAGCAGGUAGGAACUAUAACACCUGGAGAGCAGGUAGGAACUAUAACACCUGGAGAGCAGGUAGGAACUAUAAACCACCUGGAGAGCAGGUAGGAACUAUAAAACACCUGGAGAGCAGGUAGGAACUAUAAAACACCUGGAGAGCAGGUAGGAACUAUAAAACACCUGGAGAGCAGGUAGGAACUAUAAAACACCUGGAGAGCAGGUAGGAACUAUAACACCUGGAGAGCAGGUAGGAACUAUAAAACACCUGGAGAGCAGGUAGGAACUAUAAAACACCUGGAGAGCAGGUAGGAACUAUAACACCUGGAGAGCAGGUAGGAACUAUAAAACACCUGGAGAGCAGGUAGGAACUAUAAAACACCUGGAGAGCAGGUAGGAACUAGAACACCUGGAGAGCAGGUAGGAACUAUAAAACACCUGGAGAGCAGGUAGGAACUAUAAAACACCUGGAGAGCAGGUAGGAACUAUAAAACACCUGGAGAGCAGGUAGGAACUAUAAAACACCUGGAGAGCAGGUAGGAACUAUAAAACACCUGGAGAGCAGGUAGGAACUAUAACACCUGGAGAGCAGGUAGGAACUACAAAACACCUGGAGAGCAGGUAGGAACUAUAAACCACCUGGAGAGCAGGUCUGAGGCAACUUCUGGUCAUUGUGGCUAGCGAUCUGGUCAUUCAGAAUCACAAGCCACAGACCAAUGUGUUUAACUAUCAGAUCAAUAUGUUUAACUAUCAGAUCAAUAUGUUUAACUAUCAGAUCAAUGUGUUUAACUAUCAGAUCAAUGUGUUUAACUAUCAGAUCAAUGUGUUUAACUAUCAGAUCAAUAGCAGAUCAAUAUGUUUAACUAUCAGAUCAAUAUCAGAUCAAUAUGUUUAACUAUCAGACCAAUGUGUUUAACUAUCAGAUCAAUAUCAGAUCAAUGUGUUUAACUAUCAGAUCAAUAUCAGAUCAAUAUGUUUUAACUAUCAGAUCAAUAUGUUUUAACUAUCAGAUCAAUAUCAGAUCAAUAUGUUUUAACUAUCAGAUCAAUAUCAGAUCAAUGUGUUUAACUAUCAGAUCAAUAUCAGAUCAAUAUGUUUUAACUAUCAGAUCAAUAUCAGAUCAAUAUGUUUUAACUAUCAGAUCAAUAUCAGAUCAAUAUGUUUAACUAUCAGAUCAAUAUGUUUAACUAUCAGAUCAAUAUGUUUAACUAUCAGAUCAAUAUCAGAUCAAUAUGUUUAACUAUCAGAUCAAUAUCAGAUCAAUAUGUUUAACUAUCAGAUCAAUAUCAGAUCAAUAUGUUUAACUAUCAGAUCAAUAUCAGAUCAAUAUGUUUAACUAUCAGAUCAAUAUCAGAUCAAUAUGUUUAACUAUCAGAUCAAUAUGUUUAACUAUCUGUCUUCCUCUUUUAUCUCUCCAUUUUUUCAUUCCUUUCAUUCCUUGGUUCUCUUCCUCCUCUUCCUCCUCUUCCUCCACUCAGUGAGGAAGACUGUGUGAAGCAGGCCAGAAGCUUGAGUUCCAACGCAGAGCAGCUGUUUCAGAAGCAGCUAUAGGACUCUCCUGUAUUCCCCUUUGCUCUUCCACGUCAUAGUUUCAGAAAUCUGAUUCCCAAUCCAAUCAGAAAACCAACCUUUGCAUAAUAUAGAAAUGACUAAACUAGGGUGUUUAUUUUCUGGUAUGAUAUAUGUUGCGGUUAAAACUUUCAUUUCUGACUGUUAAACAAUCUUUUGUUUCCUAAACCUGAUCUCUUCUGAAACAGCUUUCCCAACCGCAUUACUUUGAUUAGCAGCAUGGACUGAGACAGUCUCUCUCUGGCGCCCUCUAGCCGAUCUGUCUGUUGCUCUGCUUGUCUCUCUCUGGCGCCCUCUAGCCGAUCUGUCUGUUGCUCUGCUUGUACUGCAGGGUGUCUCCACUCUAAAUAAUAUUAAUAAAGAUAUCAGACCCCCAGAUGUAAUGAAUGUUCACUGAUAAGAGGUUUGGGGUUUGAGACAGUGACCGUAGAGCAGCCCAAAGCUACGUACAGCCUAUGUCCUUAGACCUGCCCUACAGAGACAGGUGCUUAACCAGCCACUGAGCAGCCCUUUCUCUCACCCCAUGGUUAAUAAAGCUCUGGGCUCCUGCAACAUUAAGUGAUAAUGCCCUCGAAGCUGGUGUUUGGAGGACAUAUUGGCAUGGGUGUUGUUAGGACCGAGGCGAGAAGGCAAAACAUGCCAAUAUAUCCUCCAAACACCGUCUUUGUGGGAAUUAUCACUUUCAUACAACGGGUUACAAACAUAUUCAAAUAAUGAUUGACAUUUUCAUUAGGUUUAUUUUGAUUAAUUUAUUCAUACUAUUUCAUCAUUCCACAAGAAUUUCUGACACAAAUCUAGGGUUGCUACCCAAGCCGGCUGGUCGUUCGUUCUAUCAGUUCGGUUGCCAGAGACGCGACCCAGUCGUUCAGUCUUUUUGUUCUGUAUCUAUGGAUGCGACCCAGUCGUUCAGUCUUUUUGUUCUGUAUCUAUGGACGCGACCCAGUCGUUCGUUCUAAAUGUUACAUUGCCAUACUGGUUGGCAACGUUCUUAUCCCUUGCUUGCUAGCUAGCCAACUACGGAUAACUCACAGUCACAUCAAACAGUGCAGCCAGAAUAACUGAAGCUGGAAAGACUACAAACUAGCUGCAUUUUAUUUGACCUGUUUUCUAUUGACAUUUCUUUAUAUAUAUCCAUAAAAAUGAUGCUGAUUCAUGAUUUCGACUGGCUGAGAAAAGCUGCCUGCCUGUCGGUCUCGUCCCGACUCCCGACCCCGACACGUUCAUUACUGUGGGACAGCUGGAGACUGAAUUUAAAUAUUUAAACAAUGUUGCAAAUGUCAGAGAGACAGACCGCAAGGUUUAUUAACAUCUCUGCAGUUGAAAACCAAUUGCUAGAUUAAAAGAAAUGGGAGAUAAUGUCAAGAUGCUUUUUAAAGUGGAGAUCAAGUUUAUAAAUUGCCUGGCUGGGCUGAUGAGACAGUGGAUUGGGCAGUCAGAUGGAACAGAGUAAAUAGGCAUUUUAACAUCAUAGAUUUAGCUGGUGGUAACUUGUGGAAUAGACACCGGCUGGAAUGCGGAUUUAACCAAUCAGCAUUCAGGAUUAGACCCACCCGUUGUAUAAAGUACCGUACCAUGACAUCUGGACCAUACAGCAUACACAGUUGGUAGCUCUGCUUCCUUCUCUAAUCUGACUCCAUACAGCUUUCUGUUGUUCACUCACUGCUGUAUGGAGCAGUAGCCUGAUCCCAGAUCAAUCUGUGCUGUAUGGCGGAGUAGCCUGAUCCCAGAUCAGUCUGUGCUGUAUGGAGCAGUAGCCUGAUCCCAGAUCAGUCUGUGCUGUAUGGAGCAGUAGCCUGAUCCCAGAUCAGUCUGUGCUGUAUGGAGCAGUAGCCUGAUCCCAGAUCUGUCUGUGCUGUAUGGAGCAGUAGCCUGAUCCCAGAUCUGUCUGUGCUGUAUGGAGCAGUAGCCUGAUCCCAGAUCAGUCUGUGCUGUAUGGCGGAGUAGCCUGAUCCCAGAUCAGUCUGUGCUGUAUGGAGCAGUAGCCUGAUCCCAGAUCAGUCUGUGCUGUAUGGAGCAGUAGCCUGAUCCCAGAUCAGUCUGUGCUGUAUGGAGCAGUAGCCUGAUCCCAGAUCAGUCUGUGCUGUAUGGAGCAGUAGCCUGAUCCCAGAUCAGUCUGUGCUGUAUGGAGCAGUAGCCUGAUCCCAGAUCAGUCUGUGCUGUAUGGAGCAGUAGCCUGAUCCCAGAUCAGUCUGUGCUGUAUGGAGCAGUAGCCUGAUCCCAGAUCAGUCUGUGCUGUAUGGAGCAGUAGCCUGAUCCCAGAUCAGUCUGUGCUGUAUGGAGCAGUAGCCUGAUCCCAGAUCUGUCUGUGCUGUAUGGAGCAGUAGCCUGAUCCCAGAUCUGUCUGUGCUGUAUGGAGCAGUAGCCUGAUCCCAGAUCAGUCUGUGCUGUAUGGCGGAGUAGCCUGAUCCCAGAUCAGUCUGUGCUGUAUGGAGCAGUAGCCUGAUCCCAGAUCAGUCUGUGCUGUAUGGAGCAGUAGCCUGAUCCCAGAUCAGUCUGUGCUGUAUGGAGCAGUAGCCUGAUCCCAGAUCAGUCUGUGCUGUAUGGAGCAGUAGCCUGAUCCCAGAUCAGUCUGUGCUGUAUGGAGCAGUAGCCUGAUCCCAGAUCAGUCUGUGCUGUAUGGAGCAGUAGCCUGAUCCCAGAUCAGUCUGUGCUGUAUGGAGCAGUAGCCUGAUCCCAGAUCAGUCUGUGCUGUAUGGAGCAGUAGCCUGAUCCCAGAUCAGUCUGUGCUGUAUGGAGCAGUAGCCUGAUCCCAGAUCAGUCUGUGCUGUAUGGAGCAGUAGCCUGAUCCCAGAUCAGUCUGUGCUGUAUGGAGCAGUAGCCUGAUCCCAGAUCAGUUUGUGCUGUAAAGCCAGCUCCUAUGACAUGUUUGGCAUGACAAUGACCAUAUGUGUUGGCUAGACAGCACAAACUGAUCUGGGACCAGGCUAUUGGCUAGACAGCACAAACUGAUCUGGGACCAUUUUUGUUAACCUUUAUUUAACUAGGCAAGUCAGUUAAGAACAAAUUCUUAUUUACAAUGACGGCCUACACCGGCCAAACCCGGACGACGCUGGGCCAAUUGUGCGCCGCCCUAUGGGACUCCCAAUCACGGCCGGUUGUGAUACAGCCUGGAGUCGAACCAGGGGGUCUGUAGUGACGCCUCAAGCACUGAGAUGGAGUGCCUUAGACCGCUGCGCCACUCGGGAUCUGGGACCAGGUUAUUGGCUAGACAGCACAAACUGAUCUGGGACCAGGCUAAAAGAACAAGUCUGAGCGCUGAGCAAACUAAACCACAUCUAUCAUGUCAGGGUCUGUAAUAUCUCCUGGACCAACUCUUACUGAUGAUGUGAAAGGUCAGUCCAGGUCAGCAGAGCAAGGCAAGGCUAAAGGCUUAUCACCUUAGAUGUCAAUACUAGCAUCAUAAAAACAAUGAAAUCCAACUUCUUCUCCUGGAUGAUUGGAGGAGGAGUGUCUGUCUGUCUUCCUGUUUGUGUCCCUGUUUAUUUACAAGGUCUCUCCUUGGCAUCCCUUUCUUCAUAUGUCCUUUUCAUUUGGUCUUUAGUUCAUGAAGUCUUCUGUAGUUUUCAUUCCCCCCCCCCACGGUGCAGAUCCCGUCAGGCGGAGAGGGAGCGGGACCAAGCAGGGGAGGAUAACAGACUGUUUAAACAGGAGUUUGGAGACAAGAUAGACUCUCUACAGCUGGAGGUGGAACAGCUCAGGAAACACAGGUAACUAGGGUGGGUGGGGGGGUUGUGGCCCACUGUCCUCUGCUGUUCUGUAUCCUCCAGCCUAUCGCUAUAGCAACUCUCUUAUUCUGUGUGUGUGGUGUCAGGUCAUGUUUGGAGCUGGAGCUGAGGAGGAGGAGGGGUGGAGGAGGAAGAGGUAGUCAGCACAUAGACCUUGUUUCUGGGGAGAAGAAGACCUCUACCCCCCAGAGAGACCCCAAACAAGAGGGCGACAUCAGGAAGGUACAAAACCCUGCUCCUAGCUCCUUCACAGGGAAUUACAUUUUCAGAGUUUCUUAAACUGUAAAAAAAAAAAAAAAAAAAAAAAAAAAAAAAAAACAUCUAGAACAAUCAUGUUUUCAAGCUCAUCUGAACUGUAAUACUGAAAACCUGUUGAAAUUCACCCCCACUAAUAAUGAUGUUUGUUAUAGGAACUGGAGGCAGUGAAGAAGGAGAAUCAUCAGCCGUGUACUGGGGUAGAUGACAAGAGCAGUCUAGGGUCGAACAUGUAAGUAAUAGUUUAGUUAGGUUUAACUUGUACAAUGUAUUAGUGUACGGUUGAGUAAGUUUAGUCCUGUUAAUCGGUGUAAUUGCAUCGCCUUGCUAAACAAAAGAUGAACAAAUCUCUCUCGUCUUGAAGGUCACUGUCACAAAAUGAGGAUGAGCAGGUAAGUUAAAACUACUUCAAACUGGUUCAUACUUUGGUUCUAGUAUAUACUCAGAUGUUAGACAUGGAGCUGGCAUUGUUGCUGUUUACCAACUAUCAGAUAUUUCCUUCUCUCCAGGAGGAGUCUUUACUUGAGAUCAGCCAGGCGUCCAUCUGCUCUCUAUGUGAACAGGAGGAGUCCAUGACGAAGACCAAGGUACACCGCCUAACCACCUCCUCUUCUUCAGACAUAAUGACUUCCUCAAACUGAAGGGUUACACUGACGUGUCUCCGUAUAGGAUCCUCCCCCUGAGCUCCCCUAGACGAAUCAAUGUCUUUGUCUCAACUGGUUACUCAAAAUAAGUUCUGCAUUAAAUCCUCCUGUUUUAAAAUGUCUUGGUCUGUUGAAAUCUAUGGUGAAUCUAUGGGCGGCAGGUAGCUUAGUGGGUAAGAGCGUUGUGCCAGUAACCGAAAGGUCGCUGGUUCUAAUCCCCGAGCCGACUAGGUGAAAAAUCUGUCGAUGUGCCCUUGAGCAAGGCACUUAACCCUAAUUGCUCGUGUAAGUCGCUCUGGAUAAGUGCGUCUGCUAAAUUACCAAAAAAAAAAAAAAAAAGAAAAAAAAAAAGAACAGGUGGUUCUUGAGUUGGGCAAUAUUCUGUAGAGCAGAUUAUCUGAAAUGAAGUCUGCUCUGUAACUUUCUAUUGCUCUCUGUUAAAGGUUUUAACCCUUUCAUUCUAUAGAGCCAGUGUGUGCUAACUGUUUUAACCCUUUCAUUCUAUAGAGCCAGUGUGUGCUAACUGUUUUAACCCUUUCAUUCUAUAGAGCCAGUGUGUGCUAACUGUUUUAACCCUUACACACAAAAAAAAAAUGUAUGCACGCAUGACUGUAAGUCGCUUUGGAUAAAAGCGUCUGCUAAAUGGCAUAUUAUUAUAUUAUUAUUACUUUCAUUCUAUAGAGCCAGUGUGUGCUAACUGUUUUAACCCUUUCAUUCUAUAGAGCCAGUGUGCUAACUGCCAUGGGGUGUUCUGUGACCGCUGUCUGGCCAAUGAGCUGCCCCUCCCCUCCUCCAUCAACCCUGAACAUAUCUGUGACUCCUGCUCCUCUCAGCUGCUGCAGCGGUACGCCUCCAGCCCACCCUGAGACACACCAGCUCUGCCUGGAAUACAGUGUCAUUCACUGUUAAAAUAUCUAAAGGAACGGGCGACUUGAUGACUACAUGAAAAACUAACUUGGGAAUAGUUCAACUGGAGCAUCUAUCUAAAAUAGUCUCCGCAUACUGUUAGCAGGGUUGGAGGGUGUUGGCAGAAAGGUAGACGUUCAGAGCCUGGUCCCAGAUCUG